CACUGCGCAUGUGCGAAAGCCUGUAGGUUCGGGCGGGCUGAUUCAAAAUAUAAACAAGAUGGAUCUAAUAUCUGCGCUGCAGUUUCUGAAGUUAAAUGAACUUCCAAAAGCCUGGGUGGACGCAGUGUGGGACUUGGAGUUCACAGAGAGAACACCCCUGGAUGAAAACCUAGCGGAGGAGCUCGCAGGCAGUGGAGACAAGGCCUUCAUAACCCUGUACCAGUGUUUACUGGCCCAUGCUGCUGACCAGCAACAGUCUGCAGGCAGAGAUGCAGCUUCGCAGAGUAUCUGGGCAAUUCUGGGGGAGAACGAGGUGUCGAUCGAGUCUCUGGUGGCUGUGCUGUCCUUCUUUGUCCUGACGGGAAAAGCCAAAGCGGCCAACGUCCAGCAGAGGGUGAGCGGUCUACAUGCUGCCUCACUCUACCUGCUGCUGCUAGGAAUCCCAGGGAGCAUCGCCAACAAGGUUUUCCAUGAGGUUUUGUUGGACACGUGUUCAGACUUGACCUCUCACUGCUGGCCUCAGGACUGUGGAAAGAAGCGCAAGAAGGACGGCCUGAAGAGUUCUCAGGCAGAGGGCAAACGCUCCAAACCGCAGCGACCAGACACUCCAGAGAUGGACUUGGAUGAGGAAGAGGAGGAGGAAGAGCCGCUUCAUUUUUCUGGCCAUGACUUGAUGAAGAUCAGAGAUGCUGUGGUUCUCCUGGUCCAAAGCCUUCUCAGACUCCUGCAGACAUUUUCACUCAAAGACAGACCACAGAGCGCCAGCAACUGCACACGGAUCUUUAGCAAGCUGCUUUACUUUGAGCCGGUCAUUGGAGAGGUAACCUUUGCUGCUGAAAAAGAUAUUACCAAGCUGAGGAGUGUUCCUGAGAUGUCUUUCUAUGGCUUACAGCUGCUUUGCUCGCCAACACACGGAGACCAGAAAGACUCUCUGCGAAGGGUUUUCCACCAGCUUCUCUACGUGAUCCUGAUGAUGAAUAAAGGCAAACAAGGGAAGCCCUCCCUCCUCGUACCCAGCCAAGCCAUCCUUUCCACCCGUGACCAGGCCAUCCAUUUUGUUUGUCAUCUUGUUGAUGAGCUAAAAGAGCUGGCGCUGCCUUUCCUGCAUAUCAUCCUGCAGCAUAUCUGCUUCCAGAUGGUGGAGAAGAGUGAGUUUCGAAGCCAUGGAGCCCAGGCUGUGGGUAUGCUGACGUCUCCGAUGGCAAGUACGGACUAUGCCUGCUUCAUCAAGUGGCUGUUUAACUACUCCAGACACACAAAGAUGGUGUGCCGGCUGUUUUCCGUGGACGUGGUGAUGGUUUUGCUGGAGCAGCCAGAGAGGAGGCUGGAAGAGUGUCAGGACCCAGAGCUCACCUGCUUCCUGCCACACAAGUUCUUGAUCCAGAGCCUGCUGUUCGCUCGGCGGAUGGACGACUCGCCCACUGUCCAAGGCCACGCCCUUGCCUGCCUGGCCCAGUGUCUGGAGCUGCCUUCUUUCAACGUCACGCGGGCUGUCCACAACCUCUUCUCUGCUACUGGAACCCAGACAGUAUUGGAAGGUGAAAUUACUGAAGGGAGUUCCCACCAGAGUCAGAAAACCUACCGCACUCUGCCGUUCAGGACUGUGGAGAUAAGCGCCGCGGACGGCUCCGACUGUGACGCAAAAGAGAACCUGGCUCUUCUCCUGAGGCGUGUAAAAGACGUGAAGACUAACGUGAGAAAAUCGGCAUUGCAGGCCCUUUUGGGUCUCCUGAAACACAGCGUAAUCCCCAUGAGCUGGGAGAACCUGGCUACGUUGUCAGAGCGCUGCAGAGACCCAGCGGUUUCUGUGAAGAAGAAGGCCCUGCAAUGUUUAGGAGAGCUGCUUACUGCUAAACCAGAGUGCAAUGUGGUGCAGAAGGCAUGGCUGCAGGGCGUAGUGCCAGCUGUGGUAGACUCUGAAAACUCAGUGCAGGACAAGGCCCUGGAGGCUCUGGACCAAGUGCUGCUAAGCCAGGUCAAACCGUACUCUGCCAGUCGCCACCUGGAUGCCAGUCAGAGGCUGACCUGGGACCUGCUAGGCCUGCUCUGUCAUGAUUGCCAGUACCUUGGCCGAUAUUUCAGCAGGGCCUUCACCAUCUGGUCCAAACAGAACAAGUUCACGCAGACGUUCAUCACUAACCUGAUCUCGCACACGGACGCUGAUCACGCCGCCGGGGCCUGGCUGCUGCUCUCCAAGGUUGUUACUUCGUCCCCCAGACUGCCCUACGGGAAGAUCCUGGAUGCCUGGGACAGCAUGGUCAGUUCAAAGGAUGUAAAUGUGACAACCUGCUGUCACAUCCUGUGUGUGAUGGGAGACAUUGCCGCACAUUUGAACGAAGAUACCAAGGACAGGAUAGUUGGUGAUCUGAUGUCUUGGUUGAAGACUUUUACUUUGUCUCUGGAGGUGAUCUGUGCUGCUGUAGAGACUCUUUAUCAAUAUGGACGCAGUGAAAACAUCAAAGAGACUCAGGCUUUUCUGAACCGCCACUGUGGUGAGCUGGUGUCGGUCUCUGAGGCCUAUUUAGCUGGCAUCAUCCUGAGUGAAAAUGGAGCCCAGAACUUCAAUGAGGAGCUGAUGGUGAAACACCUCCACACUCUGGGUGUGGCGUCACUUAACUGUCCUGCCAAGGUUGGCAAGAGGACGGUGCUGCUGGUGGAAUCUGUCCUCACAACACAUUCUGACAAACUGGCAGAGUGCGGGGAUGAGCUGCCAGCAUCACUGCCUCUGUCCCAGUUCAAAGCCAACUCUCUACCUACCAGAGUCAGAGCUCACGGAGUCAUUGCUUUAGGUAAACUGUGUCUGCAGCAUGAGGAUCUCGUCCAAAAGUACCUGCCGGUGUUUGCCAGAGAACUGGAGAUUGGCACAGAGGUUGCCGUGCGCAACAAUGUGGUUGUGAUUAUGUGUGACCUGUGUGUUCGAUACACCAACAUUGUGGAUCAUUACAUCCCCAACAUCUCUGCUUGUCUGCGGGACAAUGAGGCUGUCAUCAGGGAGCAGACCCUCAUCAUGCUGACCAACCUGCUCCAGGAGGAAUUUGUGAAAUGGAAGGGCUCCCUCUUCUUUCGCUUCAUGGUGGCGCUGGUUGACCCAGUCCCUGCCAUCGCCAGUCUGUGUGAAUACUGCCUGGUCCACCUGCUGCUGAAGAAGAACUCCGAAAUGUUCAGCCAGCACUUCAUCGAGUGUAUCUUUCACUUCAACUCCUACAACAAACACAAGUCCUACAACAAGUUCCCUCAAAGUGAGAGAGAAAAGGCUCAGUUUUCCCUGAAAGGAGCUCAGCACCGCGAGAAGCGUUUUCGGAUCUACCGCUUUCUUUUGGAGCACUUCACGGACACCCAGCGCUUCAACAUCAGCAUCAAGAUCAACCAGACCAUUCUAGCAUGCUUUGCAGACGCGGAGCUUCCUUUGGAUGCAGAUGGGGCUGAAAUUUUAUCAGAGACCUUCAACAUCUUGAGUCUGAAGGAGAUGAAGCUGCAGGCCAUAUCUACUCCAGCAGGGGGCGCUUCAGGGGAGGAACCUGAGGAGGAGAACAUGGCCACUAUGGCUAAGGUUGUCCUGCAGGCCGCGCAGAAGAAGGUGGUGUCGCAGGUCCAGAAGAAGGCCUUCAUAGAGAACACAGUUCCUCUUAUCAUCAGUCUGAAGAGCCUGCUGGAGCAGAAACGCUCUCCUGUGCUCAGAGACCUCAUGUCCUACCUUCAGGUGACCAUGCAAGACUACCAUAACAAGGUCAAGGACUUUUUCCCUGGCGAUGAGCAGCUGGCAGUUGAGGUGGAAUUUGCUCUGAAGAUGGCUGAGAAGGAGAAAGAGAUGGAGAAGCAGAUGGACAACUGUAGCUUGACAGGAGACUCCAGGGCUCCAACUACACAGUGUUCAGUCCAGGGCUCGCCCAUCAGGUCCAGACCCCUCCUCCCGUUUAACUUUGCCACGCCACAGCUGCCACGUCCAAACCCCAUGUCUACCAGGCUGGUACACACUGACAGGCAUGUGCCCAGAUCCAGGCAGGAGGAACACGUUCAGUCAAUCGCUCUGGAACGAACAGUGAUGCCCAAAGGAGCUGUGAAUGACCGAGCCAUCAGCACACCAAAAGGUGUCAACGUCAAUUUAACUUUUGAUGAAGGAUUCAGCGCAAUCUUCAGUGACAGAGGAACAAGUCUUGUCGGGGAGCCCAGCGUUCUUCAUGUGAGGUCAAAUGAGCAGCAAGCUCCUGGACUAAGGCAGUGGAACGUGCAGUCUCCUCUCCAUAAGAAGAAAAAACCAUCCAAAGUUUAGUUAACAAACGGCUUCAUGUCUUUGUUUCUGUUUUUGUCUUCAUUACAACUACUCUUACUACUCCUGAAAUAUUCUUUUCCAUCUAUGUGAUGUUGAUUGAUAGUCUCUCAUCUUUGUCAUCUUUCUCAAUCGUUGUUGAUAUGUUUGUGUUACCGUUUGUCUUUUAUCUCUUUGGUAAUAAAGGUAAUAAUAUUUUUGUGGCCA